AUGAAUGUGCUUAAAUUCCAAAAAAAGUACCCGGUGUUGCAACAAUCGGACUUGUUCAACAUCAUUGACGAUUUUCGAGCCAUUGAUGUGGACGAAAAGGGCUGGGUCGAAAAGAAGGACGUCAUCAACAGUGUGAGCAAGAAAGGUGAAUACUCGUAUGACCAAGCUAGGGAAACUUUGAAGCACGUGGACGUUGACGCGUCUGGCCAUGUUGAAUUGGAUGAUUAUGUUGAAUUGAUUGCCAAAUUGAAGGAAUCAAGCCUUGAUGACAACAACGGCAACGGCAAUAGCACCGGCACCACCACCAAUAACAGCGGCAACUUACUCGCGUCUCCAAAGGGCAACAAUUUCUCCCCAGAAGUGGUUUCGCCCGGUAGGUUCAACAAAAGGGCAGCGCCUCCAAUUCCAAAUGCGCAAUCUAACCAGAGACGGACUUUUAUUGAAGGGAAAACGUCGGGGACAACGCAUACCAUCAACGACGAAGAAAGGACCGAGUUCACUAGACACAUCAACUCUGUCUUGGAGAGCGAUCCUGACAUUGGGGACCGGUUCCCGUUUGAUACGGAGACAUUCCAGGUUUUCGACGAGUGCAGGGACGGUUUAGUCUUGAGUAAAUUGAUCAACGACUCGGUUCCAGACACCAUCGAUACAAGGGUCUUGAACAUGCCCAAUGCUAAAAAACAGUUGAACAACUUUCAAAUGUCUGAGAAUGCAAACAUUGUUAUCAACUCGGCAAAGGCCAUUGGAUGCGUCGUUGUGAAUGUUCACUCUGAAGAUAUCAUUGAUGGAAAAGAGCAUUUGAUUUUGGGGUUGAUAUGGCAGAUUAUCAGAAGAGGAUUGUUGAGCAAGGUCGAUAUCAAGUACCAUCCGGAGUUGUACCGUUUGUUGGAAGAUGACGAGACCUUGGAGCAGUUUUUGAGGUUGCCUCCCGAGCAGAUUCUUUUGCGCUGGUUCAACUACCACUUGAACAAUGCAAACUCAAACAGGAGGGUGGCAAACUUUGGUAAAGACGUUAGUGACGGAGAAAACUACACCGUUUUGCUCAACCAGUUGAAGCCCGACGUGUGUGACUUGUCGCCUUUAAAGACCCACGAUGUCUUGACAAGGGCAGGCCAAGUCCUUGAGAACGCAGACAAGAUUGGCUGUAGAAAGUACUUGACUCCCAACUCUUUGGUCUCGGGUAACACCAAGCUUAAUUUAGCGUUUGUUGCCAACUUGUUCAACACCUACCCCGGGUUGGAUCCUAUUGAAGAGCACGAGCAAAUUGAAAUUGAGGAGUUUGACGCAGAGGGAGAAAGAGAAGCUCGUGUUUUCACUUUGUGGUUGAACUCGUUGGAUGUUGAUCCCGCGGUGGUUUCAUUGUUUGAGGACUUGAAGGACGGUUUGAUCUUGCUCCAAGCGUUUGACAAGGUUCUUCCCGGAAGUGUGGCCUUUAAGCACGUCAACAAGAAGCCUGCAAACGGAGGCGAGGUUUCCAGGUUUAAAGCUUUGGAGAAUACAAACUACGGUGUUGAAAUUGGGAAAGCCAAUGGCUUUUCGCUUGUUGGUAUCGAUGGGUCGGAUAUUGUUGAUGGCAACAAGCUCUUGACAUUGGGACUUGUGUGGCAGUUGAUGAGAAGAAACAUUAUAAACACAUUAUCGGUAUUGGGCAAAGGCGGCCAAUUGUCCGAUGCCGAUAUCUUGAAGUGGUCCAACCUGCAAGUUUCCAAGAACCCAAGCAAAGCGUCAGCCCAAACAAUUCGUUCCUUCAAGGACUCGUCCUUGUCCGAUGGUGUUUACUUGUUGGACGUUUUGAACGGAAUGAAGCCCGGCUACGUUGACUACGACUUGGUCUACCAAGGCCCCGGUCUUUCCGAAGAACAGAAAUACGCAAAUGCGAGAUUGGCCAUUUCCAUUGCCAGAAAAAUGGGUGCUUUAAUCUGGUUGGUGCCCGAGGAUAUCAACGAAGUGAGGAGUAGGUUGAUCUUGUCGUUUGUUGGAAGCUUGAUGGCUGUUGCUGAGAACAAGUAA